AUGCUUUGCGCAAUCUCCGGCGAAGCACCGCAGAACCCUGUGGCAUCGCGCAAGUCUGGCAAUGUCUUUGAGCGUCGCCUGAUCGAGGCUUACAUCUCCGAGCACGGUUCCGAUCCGGUCAAUGGCGAAGAGCUAUCCAACGAUGACCUGAUCGAUCUCAAGCAAGCGCGUUUGGUCAAGCCUCGCCCUCCCACACUCACAUCUAUUCCGGCUCUCCUGUCGACGUUCCAGAACGAAUGGGAUGCUUUGAUCCUCGAGACAUACCAAUUGAAGCAACAGCUCGCCGAGACCAGACAAGAGCUGAGCACGUCCCUUUACUACAACGAUUCUGCCCAGCGAGUAAUUGCGCGUCUGCAAAAGGAGAGAGAUGAGGCCAGAGAUGCGCUAUCAAGGGUAUCCGUCACUGCGAACUCCAAUGGCACGUCAAAUGGGGAUGCGAUGCAGGUCGAUGGACAGCCCUUGUCCGAGAAGGCCAUAGCGAAGAUUACAGACACACAAGAGCGUCUUUCGAAGACUCGACGAAAGCGUCCUGUGCCAGAGGACUGGGCCACCGCGGAUACCAUUCAAACCUAUGACAUUCGAUCCACCGUGGACACACAAUUCACCGGCGCAAAAACUUUGGCUCCGGAUCAGACUGGUGCUCAAUUCCUAUGUGGAGACUCUGACGGUACCACGGGCAUUUACGAUGCGAGCCAGGGCGCCUUCACCACCAGGAGCAACGUGGGUGCGGGAGCGAUCUUGGGCGGUGCAUGGUGCAACGAUAAGCAGGUGAUCUCGACCUCCACCGGAACUGUGGUGGUCACUCAGGAGGGCGCGGUGCAGGGCAAAUUUCAACAGCACGCUGGAGAAGCAACUGCUGUCGCUACGCAUCCAAGCGGCGAUAUUCUGGUGUCUGUUGGGUAUGACAAGAGCUAUAUCCUUUAUGAUGUCAGCACGAUGCAGGUCCUCACGCAGGUGUACGGAGAUAUUGAACUCACGACCGCAGCAUUCCACCCUGAUGGGCACUUGUUGGCUGUCGGAGGUGCUGAUGGUUCCGUUCGUCUGUACGAUGUCAAGGCAUCUCAGCUCGCGCAUACAUUCCCCGCUCCUUCAGCAACGACACCCAUCAUCGCGCUCACAUUCUCCGAGAACGGGACCUGGCUAGCAUCCGCCAAUCAAGGUCAAAACGUUGUGACAGUUUGGGAUCUGCGCAAGCUUAACGCUCUCAAAACCAUCGACAUCGGCACGGCAGUGACGGGUAUUGCAUGGGAUUACACCGGACAAUUCUUGGCGGCUUGCGGACCGGGUGGAGUUGUGGUCGCUCAAUACUCAAAGAGCAGCAAGGCAUGGACGGAGCCUCUGCGCAAGGCUAUCAAUGCUGCGGAUGUGAAGUGGGGACCGAAGGCGAGCAGUUUGGUGGCCCUUACGGCACGUAGCUCUUCGGACAACGACGUCAGCGAUCGUUGCGAGCGCAUCGGCAACAAAGUCAGGCAAAGUGAGGUUCGCCACUCGCCGCCAACACAUCUCUCUCAACUCGCCGCUGAGAACACUCCUUCACCACACUCGACCACAAAUCUUCGAACGCUGGACACCACGGGACAUCAUCCGCGAGCACGUUUUUGUCAUGCUGCGUUGCAAACAGACACUUGCCUCAUAGAAAACAUGGAUGAUGGUCAUGCCAGUGGAUCUUCUGGUUCAUGUCCGUUCUUUCGACCGAGAAGAACUAGUACCAAGCGAAAUUACAGCGAAAUGACAGACCGCAGCAGCUCGCCCGACACACUCUUUGUCCGAGACAGCCACCACCACCGAGCGAACCCACACCAUAACGGACUCGCAUUACCUUCACUACACACUCGCUUUCCUGGAGACGGACUCGAUUACAGAAGACCAGUCAUGUCAGGUGGAGACGCGGGAUCAGCAGGUGCAGGAAGCAGCAGCAAUAUGGCAAUCGAUCUGACGGAGGACGAUGGCAACGAGCAAGAGAACGUGAGGAAUACAUCAGCAGAAGCGGCACGUGAAGUGGGAAUCACACGUCACGGGCGGACAGGCUUAGGAGGAGCUCUUUACGGCGACACAUACCACGAUGCUUCGACGCGAACACCUGGACUGUCGAUUUCAAGCUAUCUCACUAGGCAACGCGAACAACGAGAUCGAGAACGAGAACAUCCGAGGUUUUCAGUGCUGCGCCAUCUCACUCGGCAGCCUUCUGCAGACAUGGACGACGUAGAAAUCACCAACAUGCGGCCUCGUCGACGAUCACCACCUGCCAUCACUCGCGGAUCCUCACCAGGCGCUGCGCCCGCUCAAGUAACUGCCACUGCCUUUCCUCCAGGCCGCGCGGAACCGAUUGAUCUCACAAGCGACAAUGAAGACGACGUCGUCCUCGUCGACACUCGCACACGACAAGGAGACAACCUCGCACGACCCGGUGCCACUGCAGGCGUAGGAACACGAAGCGUAGCAGACCAGCGCAGCACCAUCAACGACCUCUUGAAUGGCGGCACUCGACUGCUGGAUAGGAUGCAAAGAUAUGGGCAUGCAUUUACAGGCCUUGGAGAACUGCCGCCUCCAGCAGCCCGUCCGAAUUAUGGACCCAAUCCAAACCGAGUUCCACGAGUAGCACAUUUCCACCCGCUGGUUGGACAAGCGCAGACAGUUAUGAUGGAUUACGCUAUGCCUGGCUUUGAUCUCGGAUAUGCGGGCGCGAAUCGACCUCCAACUCCAAAGUACGAGCCACCGGAAAAAGCUGCUCCGGGGUUCACGCGAAGUCCGGGCGAGGAUGAAGAAAUCGUGUGUCCGAACUGUGGAGAUGAGUUGGCGAUGGGAGAGGAAGACAUCAAGCAGCAAGUGUGGGUGAUUAAGAAGUGCGGCCAUGCAUAUUGCGGCAUCUGCGCGCAGAACCGGACGAAAAGCGCAGCAAAGAGAGGAAAGGGCAAGCAAAAGGCGGUGGAUACUUGCUCGACGUCUUCAGAAGUCCUGCCAUUACCCUUCAAGAAGUGCGUUGUGGACGACUGCGCGGCACCGGCUGCCGACUCCCAGCAGCUUCCAAAAGGGCAGGCAACGCGAAGUGCGAAGAAGUCCUCGCCCGCAAAGACCGGCUACCUCAUCCUCUACAAUGCCCUGUCCGCGGUCCUCUGGGCGGUAGUCCUUACCCGCACCUUGCAAACCACCGCGACGAAGGGUUACAAGAGCACGUAUCUGGAAGUCGGCGAGUGGACAAAGUGGACGCAGACUUUGGCGGGAUUGGAAGUGCUGCAUGCUGCUACCGGUAAAGAUUACACCUGCAAUUCAUUCUCAACGCACACAUGUCCCACACGUCUCGUCCGUGCCCCUCUCCUCACAACACUCAUGCAAGUCGCCUCCCGCUACCUCCUCGUAUGGCUCAUCGUCGAACCCUUUCCACACACCACAGCUCUCAGCUCGCCAGCCUACUCCUCCAUGCUCGUCGCCUGGUCGGUCACCGAAGUCAUUCGCUACUCCUACUUCGCCGUCACGCUCACGACCGGCGGUGUUCCGGGAUGGAUGCUGUGGUUGAGGUAUAAUACUUUCUUCGUGCUGUACCCGUUGGGGAUUGGGAGUGAGUGCUGGUUGGUUUGGCGGGCGUUGAACCCAGCGAGGGCCUAUAAUCCGUUGUUUGAGUGGGCUCUCAAGGCGAUCUUGUUGAUUUACGUGCCUGGUUCUUAUGUGCUGUUCACGCAUAUGAUGGCGCAGAGGAGGAAGGUAAUGCGUGCAGAGAAGACGAAGACGAAGUGA